CUUUGCUUGCAAUGACAUGCUGUUUAAAGGCGUGAAACUAACCGCCCCGGGCAACAGCCCGAACACCGAUGGCAUCAAAAUCGGGGCAUCAAAAAACAUCCAAAUCUCUCGGUCAGUCAUCGCCACCGGGGACGAUUGCGUAGCCAUGGUCUCGGGCAGCCAGAAGAUUGGCAUCGACAAUGUGGCAUGCGGUCCGGGUCAUGGUAUUAGUAUUGGAAGCCUAGGGAAAUCCAAAGAUGAAUUUGUGAGUGAUAUACAUAUAAGACGUUGCAGUUUGUCGGGUACCCAAAAUGGAUUAAGGAUCAAGACUUGGGCGGACUCCUUUCAGGGCAAAGUCAGCAAUGUUAUUUUUGAGGAUGUUGAGAUGAAUAAUGUCAAUAAUCCCCUUUUCAUUGAUCAGCAAUAUUGUCCUUCUGGGCAUUGUAGCUCUGAGAGCACAUCGUCGGUCGAAAUAAGAAACGUGACAUUCAAAAAUAUAUGGGGGACGUCGAGUUCAAGUGAAGCUGUCAUUAUGGAUUGCAGUCUAACAAACCCUUGCCAAGACGUUAAGCUUGUCGACAUCAACUUGGAUUACAGUGGCAAUGGCGCGACCAUUUCCCAAUGUUCCAAUGUUCAUGGGAAUGCUGAUGGAGAACAACGCCCUCCGGGCUGUCUUCACUGAUCCAUCAGCUUCCCUAUGUUCCGAUGUUCAUGAGGAUGCUGUUGGCCAAGAACUCCCUCUGGACUGUCUUCGCUCAUCCGUCACCUUUGUUGAAGUAGAUUCAGCUAAGAUAAGGAUGCUGGGAUGGAAGGAGGCGUAGGAUUCAU